AUGGAUUUAUGUGUUUUUAAGUCAUUAAAAAUGGCAUGGGAUGCAGAGCUCAUAAAAUGGCAGAGACAAAACUAUGGUACGAAACUACCAAAACCUAUGUUUUGUACCAUUUUAUCAAAAAUCUGGUCACAAGUAAACCCUUCGUUACUUAUCAAAGGAUUUGAGAAAGGGGGGAUAUAUCCUUUUAAUAAUGAGGUCAUUCCCGUUGAACAUUACGAUCCAGAAGCAUAUAAAAGGUGGUGUGAUUCAAACUGCAAAAAUAACAAUCCGGAAGAAGCACAAGUAGCGCAACCAAAUUUACGAUCAACAUUAGAAGAGCGUUUUAAUUUGCCAUCCACUUCAACAGUACCACCAAUAACUCCGCAGACAUCGUCAGUAAAUUCAAUAAAUCCGGAAAUGCCAUCGACCAGUUCAGAACACCAGAAUCCGCCAGUUAACAACACAAAAAGUUUUGAGAGCAUUCUCUUAGAACAGCUAAAACAGAUGCCAAAACCAGCGAAAUCUAUCAGAAAGAGAGUAUGUAUAGGUGCCGAAGUUAUUACAUCCUUGGAAGCAGUUGCUAAAUUGAACGAGAAAGCAAACAAAAUUAAAAAACCAGAGAAGUCGACAACUAAGAAAGAUGGUAAAAAAUUGAAAAGAAAGCAAGUAUACGAAGAAGACACAGAUGAAGAUAGUUUUGAAGAAAUGGAAGUCAAUACUUCAGAUGAUGAUUUUGACUUAGACGAUGAAGUAAAUGAUUUGCGUGAAGAAGAAGAAUUCGUGAAAUACAUGGAGAAAGAUCCUCAAGAACUGAAAAUAGGGGACUGGAUUCUAGUAAAAUUUGCUACUAAAAAAUCAUUUAAAUUUUAUGUAGGGCAAGUAACAGAAGUAGAGCCAUGUUUAGAAGCAAAAUUUGCAAGACGUUCGGGAUCUUCAUCACAAUUUCAUUGGCCAGAUACUCCAGAUGUCUCAGUUAUAAGAAGAGAUGAAAUACAACACUGUUUGCCUGCCCCAGAUAUUCACAGAAGAGGACACUUCCAUUUCAACAUCACAUUUGAGCAAAAUAUAUCCUAA